CAUUGAUCGUGAACCUUCUUUCACGUGUGCAUUUUUCCGCUUCCCUUUCUUUCCUUGGUACAGGAUAUCCUCUGCUCUAUUUAUACUUCAUUACUACAUUGACGGUCACCACCAUGGAUUGCGAAGACAAUGCAGACUUGGUCUAUACCCCUCCCCCCUCAUCACAGUCCGAAUGUCGCAUGCGGAAAAAGGCAGCCCAGCCACCCCAAGAAACCAUGAAGCAAUUCUGGGAUAACUUUAAUUCCAAGUUCCCUGGCCUGGUGAAUACAGUGUUGCCGGACAAUCCAUACGCGCGCACAAAAGCUGCGAGGACACCAAACGGCGUGAUCCAGGGGCAGCACGCCAGCCGGUCUUACGACCAGGCUCGCACGGAGUGUCAGCGCGCUGUCGAACGCAUUGCGCGGGAAUGUGAACGAUUGAAUCAGAAGUAUACGGACCCGCACUUUGACAUUGAAGUCGAUUUGAAAUGCGGGAGGAGGAACUAUCUGGAAGGGCUGGAACAACAAAAUCUGGAGAUGCUUCCGAGGGGGGUCAAGAGAGUAACUGAGAUCUUCGACAAACCGGAAUUCUAUAUCAACGGGCCCACUGCCUCGGAUGUGCGUCAGGGUCGAGACGGCGAUUGUUGGUUCAUGGCUGCGCUGUGUACCAUGGGGAACAAAGAAGGGUUGAUUGAGAAGGUUUGUGUCGCUCGCAAUGAAAAGGUUGGAGUGUAUGGUUUUGUGUUCUACCGAGAUGGUGACUGGCAGCAAUGCAUCGUGGACGAUAAACUAUACCUUCGAGCCGCAGAUUACGAUGAGUCCGUGGAGGAACGGCCGAUCUGGGAUGAUAUCAAUCGCAUUGACACGGAAGAAGAGUACCGUAAAGUCUGGCAGACGGGGUCACGGGCUCUCUACUUCGCUCAAUGUGUGGAUGAGAAUGAGACCUGGUUGCCUUUGCUUGAAAAAGCUUAUGCCAAGGCACAUGGCGAUUACUCUGCCAUCGAGGGCGGUUUUGUCGGGGAGGCUCUCGAGGACCUCACUGGCGGUGUGACGUCUGACAUUCUCACGAGCAAUAUCCUCGACAAAGACCGGUUCUGGAAAGAGGAGCUCAUGCAAGUCAACAAGGAAUUUCUCUUUGGCUGUGGCACCGGUCUGUUCUCCAACUGGCUCGACCCUGAAUAUCGUGGUCCUCCAAGAGACAGAAAGGGUAUCUCUGAGAACCAUUCCUAUUCGAUUAUGGAGGCGAGAGAAAUUGAUGGACAGCGCUUACUCCGGCUGAGAAACCCCUGGGGCAAGAAAGAAUGGACUGGCGCAUGGAGCGACGGAUCCGAGCAAUGGACUCCAGAAUGGAUGGCCAAGUUGGGACAUAAGUUUGGGAAUGACGGCUUCUUCUGGAUCUCCUACGACGACCUACUCAAGAAAUACCAGCAUUUCGAUCGGAUCCGUCUAUUCAACGACGAAUGGACUGUCACUCAGCAAUGGACAACCCUAAACGUCCCCUGGUCCGCAGACUACCACAGCACGAAAUUCGUGCUCGACGUAAAGAAAGCCGGCCCUGCCAUUAUCGUGUUCUCCCAGCUCGACGACCGCUACUACAAAGGCCUCUCCGGCGAAUACGAAUUCGUGCUCAAAUUCCGACUCCAAAAAGAAUCCGAAGACGACUACUUCGUCCGCAGCCACAGCAACGAACUCAUGUGUCGCUCCGUCAACGUAGAAGUCGACCUCGAAGCAGGCCGCUACCACAUCCUCAUGAAAGUCACAGCCUACCGCAACCGCGACAAACUCCCCACCGAAGAAGUCGUCCGUCGACUGGCACCCCUCCGACGCGGAAAACUCCUCCAGAUCGGUCUCUCCUACGAUCUUGCCCACGCGAAGGGCAUCGUCCAGGAAACGGCCCAGGAGAAGCGCGCGCGCGAGGAGCGCGAAGAACGACGGAAGGUCGCGGAGAGACGGAGACAGCGCGCGGAAACGAAAAGGAGACUGGAGAGGGAGUGGAUCCGGAUUAGGAAAUUGGAAGCUCGUCAACGAAGGCUGGAGGAGAGAUUGGCUGCUAGAUCGCACGAGGGCAAGAAAUUCGUCCCUGACGGGCCUGUACAGUCACCCGACGAUUUACCCAUCCGUGAGCUCACACUCACCGACACCGCACCCAUCCCUGGAAUCCAGCAAAACGGUACCCAUGCUCUGAACCACCACGUCCACAGCAAACCCUCUCGAGACCACCACCACCACCACUCCGACUACCUAGAGGGAUUCGAAUUCGACUCCGAUAUCGAUAUGCCGCCGGAUGAGCCAAAUGAGAUGCUGGGCACACCGACGACUCGAACCUCGUGCAGUGGGGAUGCGGACGUGAACGCGAAUAGUGAUCCGUGGAAUGCGGUGUGCGUGGUUGGAUUGCGUGUCUAUUCUAAGGAUUCUCGGUUGUCGUUGGAGGUUCUUCGGCCUGUGCCGGAGGAUGAUGUCGAGGCGGCGCUGGAUAUGGAUGAUCCGGCGGCGAGUGCGGCGUCUGAGAAUGUUGGGUCUUGAGUGGUUAGGAUAGGAUGGUGGGUAUGGAAGUCGUGGGUUUUAUUUACUUGAAUUUUGAUUAGCGUUGUGGGAUGCUUCUAGGAAGGGACUGUGCCGGUCUGACCCUAUCAUUGUCUCUGCUACGAAGUUCAUAUACCGAUUC